AUGUUGGUCCAGGACCGCCCAGCUUCAAAAACCUCCAAACCCUCCAAAACCCAGCAACCACUUCACUUUUCUCAUCCCAAAACCUUGAUUUCCCCCAAUUGGGUCUCCUUCAAUUUCUUCAAGAUCGCCACUUUGUCACUCCUAACAUUCACCAUCGCCACCCUCUUCUUCCUCUACAACUCCAACGACUCCCCCUCCACCUUCCUCUGCUUCAAAUCCCACCUCCACGUCCCCAAACCCCUCCAAUACCCCACUCUCACCUUCGAUUCAAUCCGACCCAUCUCCGAUAAGUCCUCCGGUUACGCUUCUUUCAGCUCCGAUCGAUGGAUUGUGGUCUCCGUUUCGGAUUACCCUUCCGAGUCACUUCGAAAGCUGGUCAGAGUCAAGGGCUGGCAGGUCCUUGCAAUUGGGAAUUCGAGGACCCCCGUGGAUUGGAGCCUCAAGGGAGUCAUUUACUUGUCGAUGGAUGACCAAGCGAAAUUGGAGUUUCGGGUUUUGGACUACCUUCCUUAUGAAUCUUAUGUGCGGAAGAGUGUUGGGUACCUUUUCGCUAUCCAGCACGGCGCGAAAUUGAUAUACGAUGCUGAUGAUCGCGGGGAUGUGGCGGAUGGUGAUCUCGGUAAGCACUUUGAUUUGAAAUUGUCAAAUGUGGAUGUAAUGCAGGAGAGGAUUUUACAGUAUCCUAAUGAAAACCCCAAUAGAACUGUUGUGAAUCCGUACAUUCAUUUCGGGCAACGAUCAAUUUGGCCUAGAGGAUUGCCUUUAGAAAAUGUAGGUGAAGUUGCGCACGAAGGGUACUAUAGUGAAGUAUUUGGGGGAAUGCAGUACAUUCAGCAGGGUAUAUCGAAUGGCUUACCCGAUGUGGAUUCUGUUUUUUACUUCACAAGAAGGUCGGGUUCAGAAGAGCUCGAUAUUAGGUUUGAUGAACAUGCUCCAAAAGUUUCAUUACCUCAAGGUAUAAUGGUGCCAUUGAAUUCUUUUAAUACGUUGUUUCAUUCUAAUGCAUUUUGGGCUUUGAUGCUUCCGGUUUCGGUUAGUACAAUGGCUUCUGAUGUUUUGAGGGGUUAUUGGGCACAAAGAAUAUUGUGGGAGAUUGGUGGUCAUGUUGUUGUCUAUCCUCCAACUAUUUAUAGAUAUGAUAAGAUUGAAGCAUACCCAUUUACGGAAGAGAAGGAUCUUCACGUAAAUGUGGGUCGAUUAAUCAAGUUCCUGGUUACUUGGAGAUCUAGUAAGAUUAGGUUGUUUGAUAAAAUUUUGGAAUUGAGUUAUUUGAUGGCGAAAGAAGGGUUUUGGACCGAGAAGGAGGUGAAGUUCACAGCAGCUUGGCUUCAAGAUCUGCUUGCUGUGGGGUAUAUUCAGCCGAGGCAGAAGGUCAUGAAUUUGGAUAAGCCAAGAACAAUCAUUGGCCAUGCAAACUGGAAGGAAUUUAUUCCUCGAAAACUACCUUCUGUGCAUCUUGGGGUUAAGGAAUCAGAGAUGGUGAAUUAUGAGAUAGGGAAUUUGAUUCGGUGGAGGAAGUUUUUUGGCAAUGUUGUUAUGAUCUUGUUUGUCAGCGGACCUAUGGAACGAACUGCCUUGAAGUGGAGAUUGCUCUAUGGAAGGGUAUUUAAAACCGUGGUGAUUUUCUCGGGCAGUUCUAAAGAUAAAUUCGGUGUGGAGCAAGCUACAUUGGACCAAGUAUACAAGUAUCUUCCCAAGAUAUUUAACAUGUUUACAAGUGCAGAAGGAUUCUUGUUCCUCCAGGACAAUACUGUUCUCAACUACUGGAAUCUACUGCAAGCAGACAAGGCUAAGCUGUGGAUUACCAACAAGGUGCCUCAGUCUUGGAUUACAUCCUCAGUCAAUGGUAAAGACAUGGAAUGGUUGUCGAAACAAGCAAAUAUGGUAAAGAAAGUUGUCAGCACUAUGCCAGUCCAUUUACAGGUCAACUACAAGGAGAGCAUGCCAAGGGAGCAGAGUCUCGUUUUGUGCAGCUCCGAGGUAUUCUAUAUUCCACGACAAUUUGUUGGGGACUUUAUCGAUCUUGUAGGUCUCGUGGGAAAAUUUGAAAUCCACAGUAAGGUAGCAGUUCCCAUGUUUUUCAUGGCAAUGGAUUCGCCUAAUAACUAUGACUCAGUGCUCAAUACAAUGAUUUAUAAGCCAGACGCAUCAUCUAGCAACUCUUCAAGUAUUUAUUCUGCUCAAGUCGCAGCUGUCCAUCCAUGGACCGUUUCCAGCGAGUCUGAUUACAUGAAACUUAUAAGAUCCAUGGCGACGGGUGACCCUCUACUGAUGGAGCUGUUUUAAAUUACGGUAGGAAACUUUAUACCGCUCCCAUUUUGUAUGAGGCGUCUCAAACGAGAUUGGUAAUCGAAACAAAGGAUCAUUUGGUUCAAGUAGGCUUUAAUUUCUUUCUAGUUUCCGUUUUUUCUCAUGUACAUAUAGAAUUUUCUUUCGCCGGUAUGAUUCCAGUCAUUGAUGUAAACUCGUGUCUUACAAUUCGUAUUUGAGCUGUGGAUAUAUCGAAUGAGAAGCAUCGUUACAUUA